UGGAUGUAGGAAAUAAAGUACACGGGAUUAAUUAACAAUUUCGAUUUGCUUCAUGCCAGUAAGAAAUAUGAUAGCACCAGCAUCAGAGACGCCCGAAGAAGGGAACGACAAACAUACAUCAUGAUGGACGAAAGAUACAGAUUCAAAAUUUUUGGAAUAAAUGAUGGACGUUUUCUUGUGCUUCAUUCUACAGCCUUAGUCUUUAUAGGCCUAAGUGUCCUAUGUGCAGGAUUAGUGAUAGCUACCUCCAUAAAAAAUAAAAAGAAUGUGAAUUUUUUCGUUGGAUGGAGCAAGUGUGAACGUUUCGCAAUUUACAUGGCUGUUUGUGAUAUUUUACUUCACGUGGUCCAUUGCACGGACCAUAUUCAUAUGUUGAUAGUCCAUGGCCAUGUUCAUCCGAUAAACUUAUGCGAAUUCUAUGGAUUUGUGUUAUACGAGUUUACAGUUGCCCAGAGUUCAUUGGUUUUUAUCAUUGCAACUAAUGCCUUUCUGUUAAUAAAGUUGAAAUGGAAGUUGAAUUAUGGUGUCAGAGACUGGAGGAUAAUCUCCGUUGCUUUAGGCUUACCAUUUAUCAUUUGUGUAUUCUUGGUUUCCUACAAGCAGCUCGGACCUACUGGGACAUACUGUGGAAUCGUGGGGGAGAGGGUGGUGACAUUUGUUUCUACACUUCCGGUUCUCCUUGUGCUAAUUGUAAACACAGUAUUGUAUAUUCUGACGUGGAAGCAAAUAAAGAUUGAAGGAAAGAGGGUGAAAGCGUCGCUGAGGAAUCGCAAAUCUUCGAGUCAAAGAUCAGCUAGGGCAGCCAAGAAUAUGUCCUUAUUUGUUGCGGCCUAUUUCAUUCAGUGGUGGGCCUUGCCGCUUCAUGGCGUCUGGCAGUUGGUAGACAAUACCCCCUUUGAAGUCCUUGAACUCCUAGCGAUAUUUACUAAUAUGGGAGGUGUAUUAAAUGGGGGAGUGUUCUUGAUUAUCAAAAAGUCACGUGUUUCUAAAGUGAGCAGUAUAUCUCAAGAGAAAGAUGGAUCUACAAGUCCGACAUCCGACCAAACGCAAUGCAGCAAGCAUAAUCCUAUUGCAAAUGACGUACUACAUGUAGUAUAAUAUAAUACUAUUGUUUCUACAGAUAUGUACAAAUAAAACAAUACUUUGAUAUGCAAAGUUAUUUUUUAAUUAUGCUCUUUGAA